AUGACGAAAAAGAAGGAAGUCAAGACACCGGCGCUAAUUCCUGCGACGCUGCAGACUGAAGAGUGGAAGAGAGGCUUCAAUGAGCAGGAGAAAGAGCUAUUGGAGUCGUCAAUCACGAGUGUGAAUGGGUUUUCGCAGGAGUUGCAGCGAGUGCGAAAGGCAAUGAAGGAAGCGCCAGCAAGAGACGAAUGA